CCUCCCCCCAUCUCUCUCUCUCUCUCCGUAUCUAUCUGUAUUUUGUCGAAAGGAAUCUGGGCUAAUAAACCAGAAGAGAUCAGAGUGAAGAAAGUCUUUAAUUUCCAAUUUAUUCCCCCCCCUCUCUCUACCCGGCACCCGCUCCAUUACUAUUGUACCAACCACUACACUAGCUACUACGUACCUCUCUCUGGGGGGGCAGAAACGGCGGGCGGCCUCAAAACUCUAAUUGGGCAUUUAAUGUCAGUUGCAGCGCUGCAACUUAAUUGGGCGCCAGAGCUAGAGUCAUGAGCUACCGCUGUUAAUUGUCCUCUCACAGCUGAAGAGCUUAAUCUGAGGCACUGCACUGACUGUCCAAUCCUCUCUCUCUCUCUCUCUCUCUCCUUAAUUAAUUCCGGGGGAUUUAACGAAACGGAGAGAAGGCCAGGCCAGUGCGGGCUUCUUCUUUUUCCAAUCUUAUUACUCCUCCCAAGCCCUCUGCUCUGCUCUCUCCGCUUUUAAAACACAAGCGAAGCGAAGCGAAGCAAGUCAAAAAGUAAUUAACACUCCAGCAGCGAGCGUCGCACGUCGUAAUUCUUUUCCGGUGCCGGCGAAGAGAAGAACCAAUGGCUCCUAAGCAAGGAGAGGAGGCAAUCGUGGUCGGCCACAACGAGACCUCUGCAGAUCAGCAACUGAUGGGAAAGGAUCACGCCGAUGAGGAAGGGGGUGGUCCCCCUCCAGGAGGGGGAGGCGCGUUGAAGAACUUGCUCUGGCACGGGGGUUCUGUUUAUGAUGCUUGGUUCAGCUGCGCCUCCAAUCAAGUAGCUCAAGUCCUGUUGACGCUGCCGUACUCCUUCUCUCAGCUGGGGAUGGUGUCGGGAAUAGUGUUUCAGUUGUUCUACGGCAUCAUGGGCAGCUGGACCGCCUACCUCAUCAGCGUCCUCUACGUCGAGUACAGAAGCAGAAAGGAGAAGGAGAACGUCAGUUUCAAGAAUCACGUCAUCCAGUGGUUCGAGGUGCUUGAUGGGCUUCUGGGGCCUUACUGGAAAGCCCUGGGGCUCGCCUUCAACUGCACCUUCCUCCUCUUCGGAUCCGUCAUCCAGUUGAUUGGCUGCGCCAGCAACAUCUACUACGUCAGCGACCAUCUGGACAAGAGGACCUGGACCUACAUAUUUGGAGCCUGUUGCGCCACCACCGUCUUCAUUCCCUCCUUCCACAACUACAGGAUUUGGUCCUUUCUGGGUCUGGGCAUGACCACCUACACCGCUUGGUACAUCACCAUCGCCGCACUUGUCGACGGCCAGGUUGCAGGCGUGGUCCACUCGGGCCCCAAAAAGCUGGUACUCUAUUUCACCGGAGCCACCAAUAUUUUGUACACUUUCGGCGGCCACGCAGUCACCGUGGAAAUCAUGCAUGCGAUGUGGAAGCCACAAAAAUUCAAGUACAUCUACCUGCUAGCAACUCUGUACGUCUUCACACUGACCCUGCCGUCUGCGGCUGCAAUGUACUGGGCCUUCGGUGAUCAACUCCUUAAUCACUCCAACGCCUUCUCCUUGCUCCCGAAGACUGGAUUCCGUGAUGCUGCUGUUAUAUUGAUGCUGAUUCAUCAGUUUAUCACCUUCGGCUUCGCCUGUACCCCUCUCUAUUUUGUGUGGGAGAAGGUGAUUGGAAUGCACGACGCCAAGAGCAUUUGCCUGCGCGCUCUAGCUCGUCUGCCCGUCGUCAUCCCCAUCUGGUUCUUAGCCAUCAUAUUCCCCUUCUUUGGACCCAUCAACUCCGCUGUUGGUGCAUUGCUCGUCAGUUUCACUGUCUACAUCAUCCCCGCCUUGGCACACAUGCUCACUUACCGCUCUGCCUCUGCUCGACAGAAUGCCGCGGAGAAACCGCCCUUCUUCUUACCGAGCUGGGCGGGGAUGUAUGCGCUGAAUGUGUUUGUGGUGGCCUGGGUUUUUGUUGUGGGAUUUGGAUUUGGUGGUUGGGCGAGUGUCACCAACUUUGUGAAGCAGAUCGACAGCUUCGGGCUGUUUGCAAAGUGCUACCAGUGUGCUAAGCCCCCAGCAGCGCCUGCGCCUCUACCUCACCCUCACUGAACCCCAUCUUGAAACAAGACUCUUUAAAGACAAAUUCUACCGCAUUUUAGCUCAUUCUCCGUCACGGUUACCGAUGAUCAACCCCCUUCCUUCCCGUCUUUGUGAUAUAAGCAAAAGCGUGUUCCCUUCUGUUGGUGUCGGUCCUUGUCCGCAUUUUGUUUGCUAGGUAUUAAGUAAGUUAGCCGGUUAGGUAGAUUAGUUGUUUUUUUUUUGGGUUUUCUCUCGAGUUCCUACAGAAAGAAUUGUGUUCAACAACUUUGUAUCUUAUAUAUAUGGAUUAGUGAUGGGCAAAGUAAUGGGGGCGGGGUACUGAUCUUUUUUAUUUAUUUUGUGACGGUUGUUUACUGGUUUUCAUGUAAAAACGGGAAUUGAGAAGAUUGGGAUUUUAAUGA